AUGGCUACAGCAGAUCGGUCACUCGGUAUGUCUCGUAAGCAGUCUCUGGAGCUAAAGACUGCCGAAAUUGACGACCUCAACAUCAUUCACGUCGCCGGCACCAAGGGCAAAGGCAGCACCUGCGCAUUCAUCGAAUCUUUUCUCCGGGCUUACGGAGAAAGAACCGGAUGGCCAGCCAAGACAGGUCUAUACACUUCACCACAUCUCAUCUACCCUGAGGAGAGGAUUCGUAUCAACUUCAAACCCAUCAAUAGAGACCUCUUCGCAAUGUACUUCUUUGAAGUGUGGGGUAUCCUGUCUCAAGAGCCUGAGAGGUUACCUCGCUAUCUCCAGCUCCUCGCCUUAGUAUCGUUCCACGCGUUUAUCAAAGAAGGCGUAGAGGCAGCAGUACUCGAGACUCACCACGGAGGCGAAUAUGAUGCUACGAACGUGAUAGAACAUCCUGUCGCAACCGUGAUAACCGCCCUUGGCAUGGACCACGUCCAGCAGUUAGGACCCACUAUCGAAGACAUCGCCUGGCAUAAAUCAGGAAUCUUCAAGCGCGGGGCCUAUGCUUUCUCGUCCCCCCAGGAACCCUCCGCUGCUGAUAUUCUCCGGAAUCGCGCAUCGGAGAAAGGCAUCAACAUCCACUCUAUCGGAAACGAUCCGGACCUUCCAAUAGACAUGCCGCAGUUGAAGCCAGAUGUUCAGCGUACGAAUUGUUCGGUUGCGCUUGCUGCUGUACGCUGUUUUCUCGGAUAUAGAGCUCCCAAAGACCUUCCGUUAUUAUCAGAUGUGGAUGUUUCGCAGGCUAUAAGCCAAUUCUCAUGGCCUGGGCGCUUUCAAAUCAUUGUCGAUGGGGUGUUAAGCUGGUUUCUGGACGGUGCGCACAACGAGAUGAGCGUUAGCAAAGCAGCGGAAUGGUUCAUCGAGAACUCCCAGGGAGAGAAUGCAUCUCCCGUACGCAUCUUGGUCUUCAGCCAAAUAUCGAAACAAAGAGAUGCGAAACUAGUCCUCGAACGACUGGCCGCUGCCCUCAGCCCUAUUCACAUCGAUCAUGUCAUCUUCACUCUUUACGAUCCACAGCAGGACUUGGACUCUCCAGCAGCUGUGGUUGAUGAGUCGGAAGAUGCUUUGCAACAGGCGUUCGGCGAGAUAUGGUCGAGAUACCACCAGGAUAGCCGCAUAGUUUACGAACUAAGCGUAGAGAAGGCUUUGGAUGCUGCUAGAGAGCUAGGGACGGAAGCUGGUGGCAUGCAGACUCUCAUCACUGGAAGCCAACAUCUAGUCGGUAGCGCACUAUUCUCGAUAAACAGAUGUGCGUCAACGAGAGACCGUCAAUCCUCUCAACGCUCACCGUAA